UUUUUUAACACCAAAAAGGUAUCCAUAAACAGAGACAGAAACGAAACUAAAAUGAUUGAGUUGGACGCCAUAAAUUCAAAUAACUUAAAAGUUUUGGAAGUGAUAAACCAGAAAACAAUUCCAGAAGAAAUUCGUUCGUUUUCUCCUCAGUAUUACAAAGAAACUUUGCAAAUAGGACCCUUAGCACAAUAUGCGUAUUUCAACAACGUUUGUGUAGGAGCUGUUCGCUGUAAAAAAGAGACUCACAACAAAAGCAAUAAACUGCAAAUUUUGUCUUUAGGCGUGUUACCAGCUUACCGAAAAUAUGGUGUGGGAUCCCAACUUUUGGAGCAUGUCAUAAACAGCGCUAAAGAAAUCGGAUCAAAGGAAGUUUACGUUCAACUCCCUUUGGCAUUAGACUCUAAAAACUGGUUUUUGGGCCGAGGAUUUACAGAAUUGAGCGAUUCAGGAAACGAAGAGACAGCCAUUCUUGUACAUCAUCUACAAUAAGAUGACCGAUAGAAAAUUCCAAGUGCAUAGAACAUACAUCUCCUAUUAUUUGGGGUCAGUACCUUUCCUUUUUCCUUGCAAAAUUGAUGAAUGUAAUUCAUACACGGAAAAGUUCCAAACUCAAGUGGUCUUCUCGUUUAUACUUAAAAGUAGACCAUGAACAAAAAAUGAAUGCAACCUAUUCGUACCUUUGGUAGUUAUAUGUAAUUACAUUCAGUUGUCUGUAAGGGUUUAGUCCUAC